GGGAGGAGGCGGUGGCGGCGGGGCGGGGCGGGGCGCGGCGGCGCCGCGAUGGGUUCCCGCCGCCCGCGGCCCUGAGCCCCGCGGCAUGGCCGGCAUCAUCAAGAAGCAGAUCCUGAAGCAUCUCUCCCGGUUUACCAAGAAUCUCUCUCCAGACAAAAUCAACCUGAGCACGUUGAAAGGGCAGGGGCAGCUGACUAACUUGGAGCUGGAUGAAGAGGUGCUGCAGAAUGUGCUGGAGCUGCCCACCUGGCUUGCCAUCACUCGCGUCUACUGUAACAAGGCAUCUAUCAGGAUCCAGUGGACAAAGCUGAAAACACACCCAAUCUGCCUGUACCUGGAUAAAGUGGAGGUGGAGAUGCGAACAUGUGAAGAGCCUCGGCCACCCAACGGACAGUCUCCCAUUGCUCUUGCUGCAGGUCAAAGUGAAUAUGGCUUUGCUGAAAAAGUCGUGGAGGGGAUGUUUAUUGUUGUCAAUUCCAUCACCAUCAAGAUUCACUCCAAGGCCUUUCAUGCUUCUUUUGAGCUAUGGCAGCUCCAAGGCUACAGUGUCAACCCAAACUGGCAACAGAGCGACUUGCGGCUCACCCGCAUUACAGAUCCACAGAGAGGAGAGGUUUUGACGUUCAAAGAGCUCACCUGGCAGACACUUCGGAUAGAAGCAGAUGCCACUGACAAUGGCGAUCAGGAUCCUGUUACUACUCCUCUGAGACUCAUUACUAACCAGGGGAGGAUCCAGAUCUCUCUCAAGAGAAGGACCAAAGAUUGCAAUGUGAUGGCAUCUAAGCUGAUGUUUCUCCUUGAUGACCUGCUCUGGGUGCUGACAGACUCUCAGCUGAAAGCAAUGAUGAAAUACGCGGAGUCUCUGAGUGAAGCCAUGGAGAAGUCUGCCCAGCAGAGGAAAAGCUUGGCACCAGAGUCUGUACAGAUCACACCACCUGCUCCAAGUACCCAGCAGUCCUGGUCUCAGCCAUUUGGAGUCAGCCCGAAUGCAAGUAGCAUUGGUCAAUACUUUGAUAAGCAUGACAUGAAAGAGUCGUCGUACCACCUCCUCAUCUCGCGCUUGGAUCUGCAUAUCUGUGAUGACAGCCACACUCGAGAGUCAGGUGCUUUGAAGCAUGGGAUGCUGGGAGGUGCCAUGCAGCUGACCUUCAGGAGGAUGGCUUUUGACUAUUAUCCUUUCCACAGGGCAGGAGAUGCCUGCAGGCAUUGGGUGCGGUACAGUGAAGCAAUGGAAACACGGGGACAGUGGGCAAAGAAGUUGGUCAAUGAAUUUCAAAGCAAGAUUGAGAAGCUUUAUGAAGAAACAGACCCUGCAUUUGCCAGGACUCCACUUUCCCCCUUCAAAAGGAAACCAGAUGCUUCGUUGAGUCCUCAUAAAAGUCCCUUAGAGAAAGGCCGUAUACCUCCCACAAGUUUGCCACGGCUCCGGCACCCUCCCUGGAACCGGCUUCGAUCCAGCUGUGUGGUAAUUCGAGUGGAUGACUUGGAUGUUCACCAGGUUUCUACAGCUGGUCAACAAAGUAAGAAACCCUCCACCUUGCUUUCCUGUAGUAGAAAAUUCUUCAAACUUCCUGAUCAGGUCUCUGCGAUCCAUAUUGAAUUCACAGAGUAUUACUUCCCAGACAAUCAGGACUUUCCAGUUCCAUGCCCAAACCUGUAUGUACAGCUGAAUGGCUUGACGCUGACCCUGGAUACAGCAAGCGUGCUCUGGAUAAACCUCUUCUGUCUGGAUCUUUACCGCAGCUUGGAGCAGUUCAAAGCCAUCUAUAAGCUGGAGGAUUCAGGGAAGCGCGAUGAGCAUUUUGAUGUUCGACUGGAUGGCUUCCGGCUGAAGCUUAAUGUCCCCGUGGAGAAGAAAGUCACUGACCAUCAAGAUCGUCCACAGAUGCUCUGCAUUUGCACGUCAGAGAUGACUGUCACCAACACCCGCCAUGCUCCCUUUUGCACCUGCCAGGACCUCCAGAGCCUCUUCCGUAAAUUUGCCAGUUCAGAAUUCUUCCACUCCAGCUACACUAAGUUCCCAAGGUCUCAGGACAAUUUCAGCCUGCUCCACACCCUUUUCUUGCGCCAUGCGUAUGAGGUAGAUGAUAAGCCUCAGAAGCAUCCAGGCUUUCCCCAGCUGCUACACAAAACCUCUGCCUCUGAAGAUCUGUGGUCUAUGAAUUUCGCUGAGCUCUCCCUGGACUUCGAGGGGGCUGAAAGCUCCAAGGGCAGAGCCCUUAGCUUUAUUGACCCUUUUCCCCUUUCCAUUUGGGCCUGCCUUCCCAAGAGAUGGGGGCAAGCUCAAAUAUCUAAACGACAGGAACUGGCUGCCUCUGAGCUGAAAAUCAAGCCUUCUGCCAGCUUUAGCAAUCACUCCAAGAAUGAGAACCUGUCCAGAGAACAUGGGGUUUGUCAAAGAUCAAAGACUGACCAGGAUCUGAAGAACAUCUCUAAGGUCCCAGAGACAAUGGAUGUUCUGGGAGAAUCUGACUGUGAAAUUGAUGAUGGAGUAGAUGAGAAGGAGCUGGAAACCUCUGCUGAUAUCCAUGUGCUUGUGUCCUCAUCUGUUCAUGUCAAAGUUCGUCUCAACCACUACCAAUACUUGGUGCUGCUCAGGAUGAGAGAAGUUCUGCAAACGCUACAGGAGCAGUUGGCCCAAGAUACCCAGGAAGUGAUGGGGUCUCCUUUAGAUCCCAUGUCUGCCUGUGUAGGAGUUGUGUUCCAUAGUGCCGAAGUGUCCCUACUCAUGAACCCUGCGCCAGGAGUCUUGGAACCCAGAUCCCUGGACUCAGACACAACAAGCCUGAUUGAGUCUGAGCUCUCUCCUUCAGACAGCAAGGAGGGGCUGGCAGCUGAAGAGAAGGAGCUGAAAUCAGAGACCAGUUCAGAGAAGGGAAUAUGCAGUACCUCAGAGGUCCCAGAGGACAGUGGCAUUGAAAACACAGGUACCAGUGUAACCAGUGUACCGGUGGAGACACUCCCAAGAUCUGCAAGUGAUGGAGCUCUGACUGCAGCUCCACAUAGUAAGAGCAUAGAGGAGAAAGUUCUGAUAGAGGAAGCACAUGAAGCUGUGGAAGCCCUGGCUGCAGAAAGACCAGCAGAGACCAGCAGCCAUCCUCAGAGCCCUCCUGCUCUCCCUUCUAGCCCAACCUCGGACACGCAGCCCUUGGGGAGAGGAAACGUCAAUCUCAAUGGCCAGGCAGAACUCAUCCCUUUGAAGAACAUAGAGGUGGAGUUGUCUAGUGCACUGCAUAUCACAAAGGAUGCCACGAAGGAAGCUCUGCACGUGACUAUGGACCUCACCAAAGAAGCCAUGUCUAUAACAAAAGACGCUCUGAGCCUGAGCCGGGAGAAGAUGACCUCCACCAUGCAGAAGAUGCUCUCUCUCCCCCCAGCCAAGGAUUCUGUGCCCAAAGCAGAAGAGGGAGCAGUGACUCCAGGCGGGGGUGGCAGUAGCCGAAUGCGUUUCUUCUCCAUGAAGAGGACAGCAUCCCAGCAUUCCUUUGACACCACAUCCGUGGAUGGGAGUGGCCCUGAGGAUGGGCUGUCUGUGGACAGCGAUGGCAGUGACGGCUUUGUGAUGCUCACAGAUUCUGAACCCAGCCUGGACCCUCUUCCCUCAGGGCAUCUUCCUCAGGUCCACAAUGACACAGGCAGUAGAGGAAGCCUGAUGGCAGAGGACGAGGGUGGAGCGUCUCCUGAAAUAAACAGCUCCACUUCACAGAGUGAAGACCCUAGCCUUCAGCUGGUGUCUGUCCUCGUGUUGAAGAUGAAUGAGGUGAACUGUGGAAUAGAGGCACGAGGUGAUGAUUUGUCUGUUGCUUUACAAGUAAUGAGUGUGGUUCCAGAGCAACUGAACAACGUUGGAAUGUGGCAGUAUUUGCGUGGUUAUCUGGCUCUAGGAGAUCCAGAUGUAGAGAAGCCUUCAGUCCCUGAAGCUAGUAAGACCCAGCCAGAAGUGUGCUUGCGUCUUGAAGUAGGACCUAGUGCUGCUGUGCAUUCACCACUCGCUGUUCAGAACGGCUUCCUUCAUAUGCUGGUCCACAGUUACACAGCAGAGUUCUUCAUGUCCUUCCUUACCAACCUUGGCCCCUUCCUUGAGGAUGAAAUAAUCCCAGAGGUGAUGCCCAUGGAGAUAGAAGUUGUGGAUGCCAAAAUCACGUUGAAGGAUGACAGCCCCCGGGUAUACCCUACCUCCCCUGGCCCUGUUCCUAUCACCUUGGCAGUAGAUCAUGUCAUUGUGAAGCGCAGAGAUGAUGGCGUGUUCUAUCUAACAGCUCUGCAAGGGGAGGGCUCACUGAAACAGGAAAAACCUGUGUCAGUUCUCCAGGAACAGAAGGCCCCAGCGGAGUGUGUCUUGGCAGCCCCGGCAGCAGGAGCACGUGGACUGCAGCUAAAGGAAGUGCCAGAAUUGCAGAGAGAGCUUCAGACCAUGAAACUAGCCCUUGCAGAAGCCAACAUGGACAAGGCUCGCCUUCUGCAGGAAAUUAGGAAAUACAAUCCCCUCUUCCAGCUUUGACAGAGAAGGCACAGGCUGCAGCUGUUCAGGAGGAGUGGAGACCACCACCAGCACUAAGGCGGCUAGUUUGAUUUUAUUGCUGCUAAACGGGUCAACCUCCUGGAGACUGAUCGCCUCAAAGAAUGGAAACCAACGGUGAUUGCAAAAUGAACUUGAAAGAGGGAGAAGGGAAGGAAGGCCUGGCUGAGCAUCAGGGAAGGAACGAGGAGGAGUUAUCUGUUUGGAAGCACUUUUCUCUGCCCUGGCAGUAUGGUGCUGCCUCUGUCACUGAACCAGGGUAGUGGUCAGCCUACAAACAAAAGGUCAGAAGCUGGGGGGACGCCCCAUGUCUCUUCAUCCAUGGAUGGUGGUGACAGUGUGCUUUCAGCCUUCAGCUUUCAUGGUACCAUCUAGAGGUGGCCUAUGCUGGGGUUUCGGCUUCUUUCAGCCUUCCUCGUUGUGUUCUUGCCCAAUCACGCAUGCCAAAGAACACAGCGAGAGGAGCAUAGUUACUUCACCACAUCAAGGAGUGACAGAGAAUAGGUAUGGCAGAAAACAUUGCUCAGAGCUCUGAUGUCAAAGCAUGUGUACUAACACAUGAAAAACAGAAGCGUGGGAGGUCAGUGGGUGUGGGAGACGCAGGAGGGAUUUCCCCCGCUGGAGGAACAGGGCUACAGCUCCUUAUUUCCUCAAGAAUAGGGUCAGGAUAGUAAAGAGAUUCCUUCAGCUGCUUCUUUCACCAGUGAUUUUUUGUGUCAAGGCAGAAUUGGUAGUAUAUUAGACUUCAGUCUAGUCUAGUCUGACUUAAUCCCGCAAUGUUUGGCUUUAUUGAUGUAGAAACGCAAAGGAAUUAAUUUAUUUCAUUACAAAGCACUGUUUAAACUUUCUUUAAUUUUACUGUCAAAGAACAGGGAUGAAGGAAGUAGAUUAAGUCACGAAUGAGAUCACCUAUGCAUUUUCUUUGGGAUGCAUGCGGUCCUGAGACCAUUGUAUGCCAGAGUUUCACCGGUGGAGAGCGGGAGAGCAGUACUGGCUGCACAAGGAAGUUGCUGUCUGCGUUCCUACACGCUUGUGUAUUUUUAUUAGCACUGAGCUUUCGCCUGGUCUUUUAACGGGGAUAUUGGUGUGUGGGUCAGGAGAAGGGGUGCUGACCAGGCCCCCUUGGGUGGAGCCUGACACUACUGACUGCUCACUAUGGGGCGGAGAUGGAAGAGUAGCUGUUGGGUUCACCAUGGUUUGUGUUCUUGCCUCUUCUGGAGCUGCUUCCCUGACAAAGAGGUUGUCUCUGUGGUCAGUGACUGACUUGAAUUUAUAAAGAAAUAGCCUCUAGAAGUGUGGAGGGGAAAAAAAAGAAGGUAGAAGCUGUUCCAGAGGAGAACUUGCUCUGUGUUCGGAUACAAAGGGUGUGAGUUCCAGCCCCCUCUGUGUUAUGGAUGAACACCCAUUCUCUCCCCUGCUAUACACAGCAUUUUUACUGUGUGCUGAGUUUGUUGGAUUUUCUCUUAUUUCAAACUUUGAUUUGGAUUUUUCCAGAUGCCUUUUGUGUUCGUGUUAAAUGUACCAUUUCUGAUGCACAGGCUUUUUAUUGCACGUAAAACAGGUAGCAAUUGCCAUACACUAAGUGCUAGGAAAAGUGACAGAUUAUAUGCGAUUCCCCUUUAUUAAUCAGAUGAAAAUUUCACUUGUCUAUGAUGCGUAGGUAACCCUUAUUGUGUUUUUUAGCUGAAUGCACUCCCCAAAACUUGAAUGGAUUUUUCUAUUUUUUUCUAUGUAAGCAUUACUCCACUGAAAUUAGUGUAGCUAAAGUAAUACAAGAUAUUAAUCACCCUCACUAUGCAAGGAGCAGCCUCUGAUUUGCAAGCCAUGAUGAGCUGAGGCCUGGAAACUACGCAAAAGCAAGCAAACAACUUGGGAGUUAAGUUUGUUUUUCCUACUGUGCUCUUAGAUACUUGUCCCUUUGCCCAGCUCUGGAGCUGUUGAACGGUUCCCCUUAACAGGCUCUCCUGAGAUCAUCUCGGUUCUCCUUUAGCUCUAGGGGAAGCAGGGACGUACUUACAGCGCUAGGCUGGAUGUGGGCACGCUGCUGUCUGUGGUUUGCGGAGAGCCAAGAGUGAAUUCCUUGUGGUUGGUAGCUUUCACUUUGAAAAACAGAGGGUAUAUAAGAGAAGGACGGUGAUUAAAACAACUGUCACUCUUAAGAUCAUCAUCUUAAUUCCGUGUUUGACUCCGUUAGGCUGAAGGUAGCUUUGAAUAACAUUUGUUGGAAUUAGUCCUUGUGUGCUGGGUUUGAACAGACAGUUUGGGGCGGGCUGUGCUGCUGGAGUCUGGUAUUUCUACCAAGAUCUGACUGACCAGUGCCUACAACCAGACAUGACAGUGGCAGCCAGAGCCUGACCUUCCUUCUAGAACCUCUGGAAGCAGGCAGCCACUGCUGAAUCAAAAGCAGGAAUCUUUGCCUUUGGCAGCAGCAAGGGAGCUGAGCUGCAGGAGGCUUCACUCUCAGCACCCGCUUACCUGGGCUGGCUCUGACAUUUGGGUGCCGUGGCUUCUGCCAGCUGCUUCCCCCUGGCCACGGGAGAGGAUCACUCCUCCUCAUUCCUGUCAGACAGCUGGGCUGUCUUCUCCGGAGCUUGUUCUGUGCCCCAUCCCCUGCUCAACGCAGCCUUUGACAGGAUAGAUCUGUGGCGCUGCCCGUGAUGGAAACACAGGCCUGUUCGCAAGAGGAAAAUGCACUUUAACUUUUUAAGCAUCGGCGGGCAUUUCCUUCACCAAUACUGCCUCGUGCAUAGAAUAACUCAGAAGUAAAAGCAGGGGUUCCAAAAUGCGAGUUAUCUUCUGUAGUAAAUAAGACUCUUGCUGUGAGCAGUUCUCGUAGCAAGAGAGAAAGGAGGUAACAAAGCAUCGGUGUAUCUAGACUUGCUGUGAAACAAACCUCUAUGCCAACAGCUCACUGUAAGUACCAUUAUGAACUGCACAAAGCCCCCAAAGUUGAGCGUUGUUUAGUCCAACCUACAUGCUUCUGUGCUUGCUCCCUCUUCCUGUGUGAAGCAAGAAAUAUAAGAAAGCUUGCCUUAGGUGGAAUGCAAUGGUAUUCUUACUUUUUUUUAUUCACUAAUUGCUUGAAAAGGGGAGGUUUCUUUCUUCUCUCUCACAUUUUCAUGCCUCUCUGUUUGAGUAGGUGUCUAGCUUCACCUCCAGCCAGCUUGGGAAAUGAGUAGGGUGCGAAGGCUUUUCUCAGACAUGGUGCCUCCUUGCCAUGUCCCACGGCUCCCUGCUGCUCCCUCCCAUGCCUGCAGACUGAACAGAGCUGGGCCCAGGGUGUUUACAGCAAAUUUCUUGCUCCGGUAACUCAUGUCAGCUGGUUUUGUUAAAGAAUUAAAGCACUUCCACUGUUUUGUUUUCUAGUACCAGUAAAAAGUACUGUAAAACAAAAUCCAUGUCCUUUGUACAAGGCAUAUGUGUGGCAGGACAAAAACUCCCCUGUCGCCACUGAUGAUGAUUAGCAAAGUUUACUUUGUAAAGCCUUUAUUUAAGGACUCUUUGUGUGUUACGAUGAGAGCCAACUUAAUCCUUUGUGUAACUACACCACAGUUACCCUAGGAAGAGCACAUGGCCUCGGCAUCUCUUACAUUUAGUUAGAAGCAGCGUGCUCCCAGGGGACUCCUGUAUGUACAGGUGGGGAAUGUGCAAGUCUGAACUUGGAGUUUUGGGCAGUAUUGGAACUUUGUUGCAGUAUAUUUCCAUUCAUGCAUUUAUUGGUUCUAUGAACCAUGAAAAGAAAUAAAACUUGUUAACGUC